GUCACAAAGACCUGGACUCACUGUGUCACAAAGAUCUGGACUCACUGUUGGAUCUGGACUCACUACUGUACUGAGAAUAAAGAGAGUUUAGUGCCAACAGCCUCCCGACCAUGUGGACGUUUGAUUCCUGUCUGUUUGUGCUCAAGGGAAGAGGCAGAUUAGAUAAAAGUACAUACUGUUCACAUACCAGGUUUUAAUUUAGCUAACCUUUCCCUCCAAAGACCUCGGAGCUACUCUCAGGGUUCCUACUGCUGCUUGAAAUCCUUGUCUUCCAGGUAAAACAAAGAUGCGGUCCAGGAACUGCACCAUGGACGGUCCAGACCAUAACGGACACAUCCAACCAACCAACGGUUUCCUCAAGCAGGAGGAGGAGAAGGAGGAGGAGGAGGAGGAGGAGAACACACCAGGGCUGAUGAAGAGGAAGAUGAGAGUCCAGAGACAGGAGAAGGACGGGAGGACUGGGACAAAGAAGACACCUCAGAGAGCUGGAGACAGCAGGAGGACGCCAACGCCAAAUCUGUCAAAGAAGGAGCUGCUUCACCUGCUGGGAAUCAUGGAAGGAGAAGUUCAGGCCAGAGAAGACGUCAUCGGUCUGCUGAAGUCAGAUAGAACCAGACCUGAGACUCUGGAGGCUCACUACGGUUCGGCCGCCCCUAUCAAACCUCUGCAGGCGCUGCAGAGAGACGGCGUCCUCGUCCACGGCGGCGGCAGCAGCAGCACGGACGACGUGUACGAGAAACCCAUGGCCGAGUUGGAGCGUCUGGAGGACAAACAGAAGGAGACGUACAGACGGAUGCUGGAGCAGCUGCUGCUGGCGGAGAAGUUUCACCGCCGCACCAUCACCGAGCUGGACAACGAGAAGCGCAAACACGCCGACUUCAUGAACAAGAGCGACGACUUCACCGGCCUGUUGGAGCAGGAGCGAGAGAGACUCAAGAGGCUGCUGGAGCAGGAAAAGGCCUACCAAGCUCGUAGGGACAAGGACCACAGCAGGAGGCUGGAGAAGGUCAGAGCUGAGCUGGUGAAGCUCAAGUCCUUUGCCCUGAUGUUGGUGGACGAGCGGCAGCUGCACAUCGAGCAGAUCGACCAGCAGAGCCAGAAGGUCCAGGAACUCACCCAGAAGCUGCAGGAAAGAGAGCAGCGACUGGCAGCUGUCUCUGACGCUGCCAAGGAGGACGGCCAGAAGGUCCUCAAGCUGGAGACCGAGCUGGAGCACAGGGCAGCCAAGUUUGCUCAGGAGCACGAAGAGAUGAGCACAAAGCUGGCCUACCAGGAGUCACAUAGCCGACAGCUGAGGCUGAAGCUGGCAGGACUUUCAAACAAGAUCGAAGAGCUGGAGGAGAACAACAGAGUGCUGCAGAAAUCGGACGAGGACCUGCAGGAGCUGAGGGAGAAGAUCAGCAAAGGGGAGUGUGGCAACUCAUCUCUCAUGGCGGAGCUGGAGAAACUGAGGAAGAGGGUGCUGGAAAUGGAGGGCAAGGAUGAGGAGAUCACCAAAACUGAGACUCAGUGCAGAGAGCUGAGAAAGAAGCUGCAGGAUGAGGAGAACCACAGCAGAGAGCUGAGGCUGGAGGUGGACAAGCUGCAGAAGAGGAUGGUUGAACUGGAGAAACUGGAGGAGGCAUUCAGCAGGAGCAAAGGCGAGUGCUCUCAGCUUCACACCAACCUGGAGAGAGAGAAACGUGUUGUGAAGGAUCUGGCCGGAGAGCUGGAGAAAGUGAAAACCCGACUGAAAGAACUGGAAUCAUCGGAGUCACAGUUUGAAAGGACAGAAAUGGUCCUCAAAGACGAUCUUGUGAAGUUGAAAUCCUUCACUGUCAUACUGGUCGAUGAGAGGAAAAACAUGGCAGAGAGACUCAAACAGGAAGAGCAGAAAAGUGACGAUACGAAUAAAAUGUUGAAAACAGAGCAAGGCAAGGUCACAGAGGUCACUGAGAAGCUGAUUGACGAGAGCAAAAAACUUCUCAAAUUCAAGUCAGAAAUGGAAGUGAAAAUAUCAGCUCUGACCAAAGAGAAGGAGGAGUUGAAAACUAAACUUGCAAGUGAAGAGGAGAAGUGUACAGCUCUAAAUAGCAAGCUAAGUGGUAUGAAAAUAAGAAUGGACGGACUGGAGGAGUCGGGGGGGGAACUGCAGAGGAAGUGGGCCAACAAGAAUCUGGAUGAAGACAACAAAGUAAAAGAGCUAACACUGGAAAUCGAAAGACUUAAGAGCAGGCUCAAACAGCUGGAGGUGGUGGAGGGAGAUUUGAUGAAAACAGAGGAUGAGUACGAUUUACUGGAGAAGAAAUUCCGAACAGAGCAGGACAAAGCAAACACACUCUCUAAGCUGCUGGAAGAAAUGAAAAGUCAGAUUGCCAGAAACAAAGCAAUAGAGAAAGGCGAGGUUCAGAGUCCUGAGGCCGAACUGAGACUUCGCUACAAGAUGGAGGAGACUAAAACCAGAGAGCUGCGGGCAGAUGUUCUGGCCCUGAAGGAGAAGAUUCAUGAGCUGAUGAACAAGGAGGACCAGCUCUCCCAGCUGCAGGUGGACUACUCUGUGCUCCAGCAGAGAUUCAUGGAAGAGGAGGAGAAGAGGAAGAGCAUGACCCUGGAAGUGGCCUGCCUUACCAAGGAGCUGGAAGCCACCAAGUGCUACAGCCGUGCAUUGCGGCCUAGCAUGAACGGUAGGAGGAUGGUUGAUGUCCAGGUUACUUCUACAGCGGUUCAGACUGAUGCUAUAGCUGGUGACUUUUCUGAGGAUGAGACGACAGCAGGCUUUAUCAGAAAAUCAGUACUUGAGGAAAACCACUUGAUGAGUAACCUCCGACAACGGGGUCUGAAGAAGCCAACCGUCCUUGAACGAUACCCUCCAGCAUCUGCAGAACUUGGGGCAAGUAAAUCAUGGGUUCCUUGGAUGAAAAAGAAAGAGGCCAUCACCCUCAAUCAGAUGACAUCGGUAAAGACCAACGGGGCAUCACACCCAGGCCAUCCACUACACAUCCGAGUGACCCCAGAUCAUGAAAACAGCACUGCCACUUUGGAAAUCACCAGCCCUGGAGCUGAAGAUUUCUUCUCAAGCACCACCAUCAUCCCAACUCUCGGUCUCCAGAAACCUCGCAUUACAAUCGUCCCUAAGCCCACAACUGUGAUGUCAAAGAGCAAAGCCUGCGACAUGACGGGAAGUCUUAAUCGAGCAAAAUCUCCUGUCACAAUAACUACCAUCUCCAAGGCCCGGAGUCCGGAGAAGACAAACAGCAGCAGAUCUGGAGGCCUUCAAUCUCCGGUAUCCAUCAUCACAGUCAGCACCACACCUGUGGCAGAAGCGUGCGCAUCAUCCGAGCCUCACGAAAUGACUUCAGGCCGAACUGUGAUCAAAAUGACCCCAGAGAAGCAACCUGUGCCUUCAAAUGUCCGGAAAUACAAUGGCAACAGCAACAUCAUCACAACAGAGGACAAUAAGAUCCACAUCCACCUGGGUCCGCAGUUUAAAAGACCUUCUGAUGGACGCAGCAGUCCCAUGGUGACGCUCAGAACUCUUGGUAUGAACUCAGAAAGCAAAGAAGCCUCCACAGGGACGGUUUUGCGCUCCCCACACCAGACCUCGAUGGGAAAGACAACUCCAGGCAAAAUGACGAGCAGCAUAACGAUCACACCCAUCACCUCUGCAGCCUCCAGGCCGACACAGUCAGUGCCCAGUCCGGAUGUGCAGUCGGCUCGGAUCGCGACCACACGGAUCCCUGUAUCAAAAGGUUUGAAACCCACCAGCAAGGCAGUUCUGGGCGUGUCGGCGGUGACGAGGUUAGAGUCGCGGGCCGAGAACCAGUCGAUGAAAAUCGAGCUGAGGAAGUCGACGGUGUCCGCACACUCUACCUCUGCGGCGGGAGGCAAGAACUGAGGAGGUCGAACACGCUUGCCGUCAUGGCAACCGCUCAGCGCGAACCUUCACGGUGGUUCAGAUUGCCUUCGCCACCGAAACGACGGCUAUUUGAAAAAGCACAAGAACUGAGGAACUGUGCGUGUGAGACGCUUAGUUUUUACGUCACUUUGACGUUAAAGAGCAGAGCUUAAUUUUUUUAGGGUUUUAUAUCUUUGCAUGUCAACGCUGGAUUUUGAUUCAAUUCAUGUUUUCUCACUGUAGGUCGAGACGCGGUCAUAUUUUCACAGCAUGUCAGGUUAUGGAGGUUUUCCAGUCGCUGUGAACUGUGUGCAGAGUAUGAAUUUGUCAUCAUUUGCCACUGGAACCAAAAAUAAAAGCUAUUUAUCUUUGAGCCAA